AAUACUUUUUUAAAUUAAUACGGAGUAAUAGUUUGAAGUAAAGUAGAAAUCCAAAAUUUCUGUAUAUUUACUCCUACUCCCCCCUCCUCCUUCUCCCAUAGUCUCCGCGUCACUUUCUCUCUCCUCCAUCGAGCUUCUGUAGAUCUGUUGUAAGAAUUGGUUUAAUUAAGUAGUUUUGAGAAUGGGAGGAGGAUUCAGAGUAUUGCAUUUGGUGCGGCCAUUUCUGUCGUUUCUUCCUGAGGUGCAAACGGCAGACAGGAAGGUGCCCUUUAGAGAAAAGGUCAUCUACACUGUUAUCUCGUUGUUUAUAUUUCUUGUGUGCAGUCAGCUUCCGCUCUAUGGAAUUCACUCCACAACCGGAGCUGAUCCGUUUUAUUGGAUGCGUGUCAUCCUUGCUUCCAACCGUGGAACCGUCAUGGAGCUUGGUAUCACUCCCAUUGUCACAUCUGGGUUGGUGAUGCAACUCUUGGCUGGGUCUAAGAUUAUUGAAGUUGACAACAAUGUCCGAGAGGACCGUGCACUUUUGAAUGGUGCACAAAAGUUGUUGGGUAUUCUGAUUGCUGUUGGUGAGGCUGUAGCAUAUGUUCUUUCUGGGAUGUAUGGAAGUGUUGGACAGCUUGGUGUUGGCAACGCAAUCCUUAUCAUUCUUCAACUGUGCUUUGCUGGAAUUAUUGUGAUCUGUCUUGAUGAACUUCUUCAGAAGGGAUAUGGUCUAGGCUCUGGAAUUUCACUUUUCAUUGCUACCAACAUCUGUGAGAACAUCAUCUGGAAAGCAUUCAGCCCAACCACCAUCAAUGCUGGCCGUGGAGCUGAGUUUGAGGGUGCUGUCAUUGCUUUGUUCCACCUCUUAAUUACCAGAACUGACAAAGUUAGGGCCCUUCGAGAGGCAUUUUAUAGGCAGAACCUGCCCAAUGUGACCAACUUGCUUGCAACUGUCCUGGUCUUCCUUAUUGUCAUAUACUUCCAAGGAUUCCGAGUUGUUUUGCCUGUGCGGUCAAAGAACGCACGUGGCCAACAGGGCUCAUAUCCCAUCAAGUUGUUUUACACCUCCAACAUGCCCAUCAUUCUUCAAUCUGCUCUCGUGUCCAACCUUUACUUCAUCUCACAGUUGUUGUACAGGAAGUACAGCGGAAACUUCUUUGUGAAUUUGUUGGGCAAGUGGAAGGAGUCUGAAUAUGGUAGUCAGUCAAUCCCAGUUGGUGGACUUGCUUACUAUGUUACUGCCCCAGCCAGCUUGGCAGACAUGGCAGCACAUCCUUUCCAUGCUCUGUUCUAUAUUAUUUUCAUGCUUUCUGCCUGUGCUCUAUUCUCAAAGACAUGGAUUGAGGUUUCUGGAUCGUCUGCUAGAGAUGUGGCUAAGCAGCUCAAGGAACAAGGUAUGGUUAUGCCUGGACACCGUGAUUCAAACUUGCAGAAGGAACUCAACCGUUACAUUCCCACUGCUGCUGCCUUUGGUGGAAUCUGCAUUGGUGCAUUGACAGUUUUGGCAGAUUUCAUGGGUGCCAUUGGAUCAGGAACUGGAAUUUUGUUGGCAGUGACCAUCAUUUACCAGUACUUCGAGACUUUCGAGAAGGAAAGAGCAAGCGAACUUGGAUUCCUUGGGCUCUAAGCACCUAGUCACAAUUUUGGCGAAUUUGAGGGAAUGGAAUUAGGUGAUCAAUGUUAGAAAAAUCCCAACAGUAGUCUUUCUCUUCCCCAGGAUUCUCUACGUGUAGUACAUUUGUUUUUUCUCUUGUCAACAUAACUUACAUUUAAUAGAAUACAGUUUAAUGCUAAUUCAAAUGUUUUCGAUCAGGGAUGAAAUUUUACUUGCUAGGACAUUUGUUAUUACAACUAGUCAAGUUAUAGAAUCAGUAGUUGAUUUUGCAGUUA